CAGGAGGUGGAAACUACUGGGUGGAAUCUGACGGUUAGACUACUGCUGCUGUCGGUUUAAGGUGUCCACUCAUAUACAAAGAAACUCUUGACUGAGCUCGUGUCAUGUGUCAGGCACCAUGCUAGGCACGUGGAUUGUCACGUGGAAUGGAGCCCAGCUGGUCAGUGUGCCCGUGGAGCUUCAGGUCUAAUGACAGCUGCAUUUCCAAUGUGCUUGUUCCUCUGAGCCCAUGUCCCUGUUAAAGCCCACUCCCACUUUCCACACUGGCUGAUGCAAACCCUCCUAAUGUUUCUCGAGUCUGUUACCAAAUCCUCCCUGAUCUCCAGCCAAUGGAACUUGGCAGUCCAUUCCACAGAGAAUUCUCCAUAUCUGGUGCCUUUAUGCACAAGCCUCUCCCCAUGUGUGCCCAUCUCCACCCCCCUAUCCCUUUCUCAAGGAAGAGGUGUCCUUCCUCCUAGCGAGUUCACUUUGAGUUCCUAUACUCUGGAUCCCAUAUGAGCAGCCUCUUUGGGGAUUUAUUCCUUUAGAAAGCGUGUUUCCUUUCUCUGUCUCUAUGGGAAUCAGCAUAUAACUCUCUUUGGUCUUGUCCACACUACAACAGCUCUUCAGAGCUGAGUGCCCACAGCAGCCCCAGCUUUUGCCCCUUUUCUUCGCAUCCAGUCUUCUACAUACACUGAUUUGACUUUCAGUCUCCUUUUUCUUACUCUCCACUCUCUGUAUGAGUGACUUCUGUGUCGAAUACCUCACUCCCUUGACCAGAGUUCUAUCGAAGUUGGCCGUGUUAUGAUCAUCAAAUCUCCUGGUUAAAUCCACUGAUGCCAAGAACACUUCCGCCUGUUGCCUUUUUCCACAUUUCCCUGAAGUUUGGCAUUGUCGACCGCUCUCCUACUUUUGAAGCCAUCCCCUCCCCUGGCUCCUGAGACACCAUCUACUCCUGGCUGUCUGCCUACCAUUCUGACCCUCCUUAUUCUUCCUCAUGGGCUCCUUUUCUGUAUCCAGCUGUGGGGGGUUGGUGUUCCUCAGAGCUCCUUUCUAGGACCUGUCUUCUAAUUCUAAGCAUUUUUAAGGCAAUACUACCCAUGCCUAUGGCUUCAAUCACCAUGUCUCCCUCCUCAGACCUCUCUCUUGAGCUCUAGACUCUAGUUCUUGACCACUGAUUACCUCUGCCCACGGGCCCCUCAGUUAGCAAGUCCGACACUGAAGUCAUCAUCUCCUUACCAAGCUGGCUCCUCUUCCAAGAUUAUUAUCCCCCCAAAAACGACAGUGUGGUCCCCUCUCUAUGGCCUAGAAACUUGGAAUCGUCCUUUACUUCUCUUUCUUCAUUUCAUAUAUUCAACAGAGUAUCAUUUCAUGUCGGUUCUAGUUUAUAAAUAUAAAUACAUGUAUAUGUAUAUAUAUUAUAUUUCUCUCCUCUUCUCCAUGUUUGGAUGUCUACUGCUCCACUGGACUGAAAGCUUCUAUAGGGCAGGGAUUAUAUAUUAUUUAUCUUUAUCUCCUAUGAAUAUGACAAUGCUGAACAUAUAGUGGAUGUUUAAUAAACAUUUGUGUAGUGAAUGAAUGACUUCUGGAAUUUUCUUUCCAGAAGAGAAGACUGAGCACAGUUAACCAAACUUGGACACUGCCCCAUUUUAGCGUAACUGUUGCAUAGGGGUGCAUAAUUGUUGCUGACAUUACAAUGACACAUGUGGGCAUAGCACUGAUUAAAAAUAACGUUAGUUGAUUUUUUUCCUUAAAAAUAACAUGUUUAUUGUAGAAAAGUUAGAAGAGAAAAAGAAGACCAUCCACAAUUCCAUUAUCCAGACAAACAGUUACUGUUAAUCUGUUGACAUAGGACCUCUCAGUUUGUUUUCUAAAUUUUCACUUUGAGUAAAGAAAUUGGGUCAAGCCUGAGGCAUGUCUCAGCCACUGAGUUGUCCCGUGCAAGAGUAAGCAGUAAUUAAAUCAUAGUGUACACAGCUUCGUGGCAAAUCUGACCUGGAUCUAGGUGGGUGUUCACAUCCAUCAGCACUAAUCUGGAGGGUAGAGAUUAACAGCAUUAUUAGCAGUGAUGAUACUUUUGUUAGAUGUCAAACCAGGGUAGUUAUUCCUGUGAAAAGCAAGAUUUUCAUCAGUGGUCUGGCAUUUGGAAUGGGGAACAGAGACUGGGAAAGGAAAUUCACAUAAAUUAGCAAGCAGCCCGGGCUCCAAUUCCAGUGGAUAGUAGGAAUGAAGAGCAGGAAUCAGACAUGAGGACAGGACACGUGGGGAAGGGAUAAUGUGAAAUCUGUAGCUGUUCCAGCAUGAGGAAGACUACGGGAUGAUGCAAGGGCGUUGCCAAGGACUUGGGGUGUCAGGACUAAUUUUAGCCCACCUCCUGGUGGGGACGAGAUGCUAAUGUACUGUCGAGCUGGACAAAUCUGGUUAGAAACCAGGAGGAAUUGAGCAGCCAGGUUGAGAGACUUAGUAACUGUAGAUAUGUGGGGCUGGUAAAAGCAGGGAUUGGUAAAUCCCAAACCUUUGGAGCGGUGAGAUCUAUUUCGUUCUAUGAUCUAUUUCAUUCUAUGACCCAUAUAGCUGUUAUAUGCCAUAUGUCGAUAUAAAAUAAUUAAAGCUAAUUAAAAUUAAUUUUGGUUGGUGAGUGUUUGAAGAGUUUCAUAAUAACUCUUGAGAUAAUUAGAGAUGCAUUGGGAUGUCACAAAAGGAGCAUUUGGAAUAACUGGGCUAGAUGUUUAAACCAGAGAUGUGCAAUGAAAGCUAGUAACAGAAUGAUAAUUCUGUAGUUGGAAGAACACUGAAUCAGGAAGGAGGACUUGGGGGCUGUUCUCCGUAUGCUGUUAAACUGGCUCUCUGAAAUCAACAGCAACCACCUUGCUUUGUAGCAUUUGGGGGUUUCUGUGUAAAAUUUCCCACCAGGGUGGAUUCCAGAUUACCAACGGUUUAACUACUGGCUCACACAAUUCCUGAAUAUUUAAGAAUCAGCUCUUGGAAGCCUGGUGCAAGGGAACUCCCAACAGACCAUUGUCAUCCUGACCGAGCGUCCAGUUAGCUUUGUGGUCUUGGGUAAAUCAGUUCACUUCUUAGGAUCUUAGUUUUAUUAUCAGUAAAGUGAAGUCACUAAAACAACCUCAAGGUCCCUUCCAGAGUUAGCAUUCCAGUAAUGUAGCUGGUGUUAAAGGUAGGACUACCAUCGUGUCAUAAGCCAAAAGAGUUACAUCAGAUUUUCAUGAAUGCUAUUGUGAUGUGCUGGAACACAUAAUUUGAUACCUGGGUGUGUGUCAUAAUCAAACCUCUUCCGCUUCCUGCUGUUAAUGUGUAUGUCCUUCGCUAGUAUUUCUUUUUAGGAGGGUUAAAAAUGGCAGUACAGCCAACAGCUCACCAGUGGGAGUAAGAAACCAUUACCAAGGUCAGAGAAUUCUACACCCAGGCCCUAGGAGUUGGCAGUUCGUUGGCAGGCCCUAGGAGUCGGCUGAGGGUCUGAGACAAAAUCGUAUAGUUUAGGGACAUUGCCUUAUCUGACCAUGAGAUCCACCCAGGUGGUCUUCCCUAGACUAACAACAGGAGAGGUUAACCUGCUCUUGCUUUUUGAAGUCAAGGCCUGUGUCUUUCAUAGUUAAGUGUCUCAAGUCCUGGUACAUAACAGGGCCCCAGUAAGUAUUUGUUGAAAGAAAGAAUAAGUGAUUUGAGGCUUUUAGAACAAAUUCUGAAUUUUUAAAAGUUUUUCCCCAGCUUUAUUGAGACGUAAUUGAAAUACAACACUAUGUAACCUUAAGGUGUAUAGCAUGAUGAUUUGCUGAAUUUUAAAAUAGUAAUUCGCAAGUGGACGUAAGCUUCUCCGUGUCUGCCUGAAGAAAUGCAUUUUUUUUUUAAUUUUUUUUUUCAACGUUUAUUUAUUUUUGGGACAGAGAGAGACAGAGCAUGAACGGGGGAGGGGCAGAGAGAGAGGGAGACACAGAAUCGGAAACAGGCUCCAGGCUCUGAGCCAUCAGCCCAGAGCCCGACGCGGGGCUCGAACUCACGGACUGCAAGAUCGUGACCUGGCUGAAGUCGGACGCUUAACCGACUGUGCCACCCAGGCGCCCCAAGAAAUGCAUUUUUUAAAGACAAAAAAUUGUUUUCUUUUUGUAAUAGAAAACUGACCGGUGCCUUCAGUUCGAUACAUUUUCCUUCCAUCGGACAACACAAGUGAUUACACAAGCAGAACCCGACAGGGAGAAACAUGAAUGAGAAAAACCCAAACCAGACAAACCAGCUGUUUACUACCCACCAAGAGGAAGAAACUGAGACUCCGAGAGGUUGAGCAUUAGGGCCGACAGUCAAUGCCCCAAAGGUGGUGCUCUUCUCACAGGCCAGGAGGCCUCAGGCUUUCUGGAUUUCCUCUCCCUGCUUUCUCGGUUCCUUGUUUGCUCUGGGAUUUGGAUGUAAGUGAAUCUGGCUCAGCCCAUGACCAGGCAAACAGAAGCACCAGCCUCCGACAGGGUUCCGAGCAAAUACGCCAAGUCAGGCCUGUCCCAGGCUGGGAUAUCCGGGCUGUACUUUGCCCUAGUGAAUCAGCUCCAUGGAGGCCAGGCAGUUGCAACAGAUAACUGACUGGCUGUAGGUCUGAAGGCCAGGUAAGUCUUGGUAGAUGUGGCGCCUGGACUUUGACAUUCUCCAAGAGGAGAGAGACACUUGCGGGCCUGGAGAGAGCUGAAGGAAGCCACGCUGACGGAAGGGGGGAAGCCGUCUGAGCAGGAACAGAAAAUAAUUACAUAACUGAAUAAAAACACGAGGGAAAUUCUGAGGGUCAAGGAUGGAAUUUUGGGCUCCUCAGUGGCCACCUCAGCCAUGGGGGAGGCCCACAGCACCAUCAAAGGAUCCAGACCGAGGGCUUCAGAGAGAUGGAAACCAUCGGCCUGUUCCUCGCUCUUGGUACAAUGGAGAGAGGUACCAUCAGUGGCAAGACACGCACAGGAGCCCCCAGCCGCAGCAGGACCCCAGGACAGACCACCAGCAGCCCCAUUAUGCAUCCAGGCCUGGAGAAAGGCGUCAGCCUGUUUUGGGAGUUGACUAUUAUGAAGGUGGUUAUCCUCGUCAGUUGUAUUCAAGGCCAGGCAUUGAGGAUCCGUAUCAGAGCUAUCAUUCUCCAACCCUGAGGGAAGAAUAUGCUUAUGGAGAUUAUUACUACCACAGACCCCCGCAGCAGCUACAGGAAGAAAGAGUGCCAAGGCGAGAGAGUCCUUAUAUGUGGCAGGAAGAUCACCGAGAUCAAAAGUACCUCAGUGAGCAUCAUCACCAAAACCAGAAUAGUCUAUCCAAGAGUCGGAACUCUCAUAAAGACAGUCCUGCUUCUAACACUAGGCCGGAGAGGCCUGGGGACCUGUUUCCGGAGAGUCUGCUAACGGGAACCCAGAAGAAUGAGCCAUCGCUGGCCAAUGAGUCCAGCCUUCUCCGGCAGCAUGAGUCUGGUCUCAGCUCUAGCGCCUACGAGCUCAGUCAGUACAUGGGAGCUGACUUGGAGCCCUACGAUCCCGUGGCGUCGGCAGCUUGGAGUCCAAUUCAGGCUGAGGAUGUCUCAGCAGCUGGUCCCAAGGCACCCAUGAAGUUCUACAUCUCUCAUGUGCCUGUGAGCUUUGGGCCAGGAGGUCAGCUGGUGUGCGUGGGUCCCAGCUCUCCCAGUGAUGGACAGACGGCCCUUGUUGAACUGCACAGCAUGGAGAUUAUUCUUAGUGACUCUGAAGAACAAGAAGAGAUGAGGACUUUCUCAGGACCCCUGAUCAGGGAAGAUGUACACAAGGUGGACAUCAUGACAUUUUGCCAGCAGAAAGCAGCUCAGAGCCGAAAAUCUGAGACACAGAGGAGCAGAGACUCAGCUCUACUGUGGCAGUUGUUGGUUCUCCUUUGUCGACAGAAUGGGUCCAUGGUGGGAUCUGACAUCGCGGAGCUGCUGAUGCAAGACUGUAAGAAGCUGGAGAAGUACAAGAGGCAGCCGCCAGUGGCCAACCUCAUCAACCUGACCGACGAGGACUGGCCAGUGCUGAGCUCAGGGACCCCGAACCUGCUCACCGGGGAGAUUCCCCCCAGCGUGGAGACGCCUGCACAGAUCGUAGAGAAAUUCACUAAACUGCUCUACUACGGCAGGAAGAAGGAAGCCUUGGAGUGGGCCAUGAAGAACCACUUGUGGGGCCACGCUUUGUUCCUCGCCAGCAAGAUGGACCCAAGGACCUACAGCUGGGUUAUGAGUGGCUUUACCAGCACGCUGGCGUCCAAUGACCCACUGCAGACCCUCUUCCAGUUCAUGUCGGGAAGGAUCCCACAGGCAGCCACGUGCUGUGGGGACAAGCAGUGGGGAGACUGGAGGCCUCACUUGGCCGUGAUUCUGUCAAAUCAGAGUGGGGACCUGGAGCUGCAUCAGCGCACAAUUGUCACCAUGGGGGACACUCUGGCUGGGAAGGGGCUGGUGGAGGCAGCCCACUUCUGCUACCUCGUGGCUCACGUGCCCUUCGGCCACUACACCGUGAAGACAGAUCAUCUGGCCUUGCUUGGCAGUAGCCACAGUCAAGAGUUUUUGAAAUUUGCAACAACUGAGGCUAUCCAGAGGACGGAAAUCUUCGAGUAUUGUCAGAUGCUGGGCCGCCCCAAAUCCUUCAUCCCUUCUUUCCAGGUGUAUAAGCUCCUUUAUGCUUCCCGUCUGGCAGAUUAUGGCCUUGCGUCCCCGGCCUUGCAUUACUGCGAAGCCAUUGGCACGGCCCUCCUUAGCCAAGGAGAGAGCGAUCACCCUGUGCUAUUAGUGGAACUCAUCAAGCUAGCGGAGAAACUGAAGCUGUCAGAUCCCUUGGUUGUAGACAGACGCAGAGACCGGGACCUGGAGCCAGACUGGCUGGUGCAGCUUCGGAGGCGGCUCAAGGAGCUGGCGGUGAGUGGGGUUAGAGCCCGGACGGUGCAGAAGGUCACAGGAGACACUGGGGAUCUCUGUCCUGCUCACUCAGAUGCUUCUGGAGUCGGAGGAACAACAGGAAACACUUUCUACCAUGAUCUUUUAGGACGUCAGAGCCACUCAGAAGCCCUUGGGGACCGCAGAGCCUUGUGGCCAACACCGGAGCAGAUGGGGCCAGGCCAGCCCAGCUCACAACACCCCAUUCCCCACCAGCCCAGUUCCUGUCCAGCAGGAGGAGGUGUGGGGCAGAUGGGGGUCCCCGUGCCUCUUUACUCGGUUCCUGAGGUCUGUCUGCCAGAGACUGGUGGCUGUAUGGCUGUGACAGGCCCUCCUGGAGGAGAAGCCUGGGAAGAAACCCAGCAGAUAUAUCCACCUCUUGAGAAUAUAGUAUCUCAAGGAAGUUUCCAGCAUCCAGAUGGUCAAAAGGCUGUUUCCAAACCCCAGGUGCCGCUGAUUCCCAGAUCACGAAACGUUUCUGAGAGUUCCACCGUUUCAGUCAAGGAGGAUGAGGAGGAAUCCUCCGAUGAGGCAGAUAAAAAAUCCUCCCCAAAUCCAGCACAGACGGAAAAGCUAGGAGAUGUGAAAGAGAACACAAAGAGCUCAGGGUUUGGCUGGUUCAGCUGGUUUCGCUCGAAGCCCAGAAGCAACGCAUCCCCUUCUGGAGAAGACUCGUCCGACAGUCCCGACUCUGAGGAGACCUCCGGAGAAUCUUCUCCCCCUCAGGCCGGGCCCGGCCUCUCACUGACAUCUCUCCCAGAGCCCCAGUCUCUGCCAGGAGGCCCCUUCUCUGGGGCCACAGGCGAGGGCGGAGUGCAAGGACCUGCGUCCGGUGAGGGAGCGGCCGAGGGCACGGGCAGUGGAGGCUUGUCUGGGCCUGAGGGUGUUUCCUCUGAGUUUUUCUACAACCCUGGUGUUCUGCUCCCCCCACCCCCCUUGAAAGGAGGUGUUCCUCUCUACAACCCAUCUCAGGUCCCCCAGCUCUCCAUGGCUACUAGCUUGAACCGGCCGAAUCGCCUAGCCCAGCGCCGCUAUCCAACCCAGCCGUGAUGAAAACCACACCCGUUCCAAGCUGGUCUCCUUCCUCGAUCUCCAGCCCCUCUGCCAUAUUGGGGUCCCCAAGAGGGUUGUGCUGGCCUAUUGCCUCCCCUGUCACGAAGAAGGCAAGAGGACAGGGUCUUCUAGGACACAGCUCAGUCCAGUCUCUUAACAUUGGCUUCAGAAUGAUGGAGAGUAGUCGGGUAGAAUAGCAGACCGGAGGUGAGCAGAAUGCCGUGGGGGAGAUUCAAGAUGGUGGCUUCAGAUCUUCAGGAAAGUCAAGCUUAAGAACCCCUUGGCUGGAAUCCAUGAGAACCCGCUGGGCUCUGAGGCAGGAAAUUAUUUGGGGGAGGCUCUCAGAGCAAUAUUCGCAACUAACUUUGGUUCCUCAGUCUUAGUUAUGGACCGAUUCGUGCCUCUAGUUAGCAGAGCUUUUAUACUGAAACUUGAUUAUUGCUUCCUGUCAUAAUUCCCUCCACAGUGACAUUUCAGCAGUUUCCCUCUUGGUCCUAGUUUUGUGCACAUUUUUAUGUGCUUCAGAUUAAUUAUAUUUCUCUCACUUUCUUAGCUGGUCCUAUUUUUUCACAUUCUGGCAUCUGGCUAUCAAGUUAGAUUGCUAUAGGCAUCAUAUUGUCAUGGUAACCGCUGAACCUAGUGAUGCAGAUGGAUGGAACAUCAGUAUAAUAAAUGAUGGGGGAUGUUUCCUAAAAAUGCACCCCUUCCCUGAGAGAGGAGAACGUGUGCCUGGUAGUGUUAACCCCGCCCUUCCUACCUCGGGCCUCUGCGGAUUGAUGUUCGCAGGGUCACGGGAGCCAGAGGGAGGCGGGGAACAUCUUGGAAGCUUCCAGUUCUCUUUUCAAACCCAAAAUAGGAAUGACUCUUGCUGUUUGUCAGAUUUGCUGAAAAUUGCUCCUCACAAAGAACAUUUUUUGUAUGUGUAAUUGUACAUACAGGUUUUGUACUCUAAUGCAGUACAGUUCUGAUGUUGAUAGCGAUUAAACCAGAUCAUUUUAUAGCAAA